CUUUUUUAUUCCGCUUAUCUCUAUCAUCCUUAUUACUAUUUUACUCCAUUAAAAGCAUGCCAGGAACUCAGCCUGAUACCACAUACAACAUCCAUCUGGCCAGCCAUGAGGAAUACCAGCAAUCAAUUGCCCUGCGCCUAUAUGUUUUCUGCGACAUCCAAGGAUUUCCUCGCGGCGAUGAGCCCGACAAAUAUGACGCCCAAGCCCUCCAAGUAGUUAUUACCCACACAGGAAAGGUUGUCGGGAGCUUACGCAUAAUUAAAUCACCCGAUGCAACUAAACUAGGGCGUAUAGUUAUACACCCAGAACACCAGGGAAAGGGAUUGGGCCGGAAAUUGAUAGAAUAUGCGGAGAUUGUUAUUAGGAACAGCGAGGAUUAUGAUGUAAAGUCUGUUAAGUUGGGAAGUCAGUGGGAUAAAAAGCUGUUUUAUGAAAAAUGUGGGUAUGAGCCCAAAGGCGAUAUUUAUGAUGAUGGAGGGUCCCCACAUAUAUGGAUGCACAAGGAUCUUUAAAAAUAUGAAUAUAUAUUCAAAUUAUUAUGAUUAUGAUUUAAUAAAAUUGACCAUGUUAAAAAAA